AAAAAGUAGUAUUUCAUAAUUUUUUAGUGAUGUUUCAUGUUGCCCUCAAAUUUGAGUGUUCGUCUGGUUUCUAGAGCUAUUGAUUGAAUAAAUCCAUAACUCCCGCAUUGCAGGAGGAAGUAUUUUCUAGUGAAUUUCCAAAAUUGUGGCAGAGACAUCAUGACUAUGUAUAAAGCUUCGAGAUGUCCCACUGAGGAACUAUCACUAAGUAAUUGUGCGAUUACUAAUGAAACAGAUUUUCCAGGAACAAAACAUAUUGAUGUUAACACCGGUAGUGGUCAUUUCAUUUUUUCUAUUAAAUCGUCUUACGAUGUACCUAAAGGGCAGAUUGGAUUUAGUUUACCACAAAGGAAAUGGGCGGUUUUAUCUUUAAAUCAGGAUAUUAUGGUACAACCGUAUACAGAGGAAUUAUCCUGCAUUAUUACGAUCACUAUUGAAGCUGAAUUUAUGGCGAAAAAAACUGUUACACAAGAUCCUUAUGAUUCCGAUGAAAUGGCAAUGGAGUUUAUUAAACAAUUUGCUCAUCAGGCUUUUACAAAAGGGCAACUUUUAGCGUUUUCUUUUAUGAAUAAAAAAGUUCUUCAACUUACCAUUAAAGACCUUGAAGGAGUUGAUAUAAAUGCUAUAAAACAUGGGAAGCCUCAUAAAGUUAAUACUGGCAGGUUGUUACCCAACAGUUUGGUUAUUUUUGAAAAAGCUGAACAUUCUUCUUUGAAUUUAACAGGAAAAGCAAAAGGAAAAGUUCAAAGGCAAUCUAUUAUUAAUCCAGAUUGGGACUUCCAAAAGAUGGGAAUUGGUGGUUUAACCAAUGAAUUUAAUUCCAUCUUCAGGAGAGCUUUUGCUUCAAGAGUUUUUCCUCCAGAAGUAGUAGAACAAUUAGGAUGUAAACAUGUAAAAGGUAUUUUAUUAUAUGGUCCUCCUGGGACUGGUAAAACAUUGAUGGCACGACAAAUUGGAAAAAUGUUAAAUGCUAGAGAACCAAAAAUCGUUAAUGGUCCACAGAUUUUAGAUAAAUAUGUUGGUGAAUCUGAAGCGAAUGUUCGUAGGUUAUUUGCUGAAGCUGAAGAGGAAGAGAAAAGGGCUGGACCCAACAGUGGUUUACAUAUAAUCAUUUUCGAUGAAAUUGAUGCUAUUUGUAAAGCCAGAGGAUCAGUUGCUGGAAAUACAGGAGUUCACGACACUGUAGUUAAUCAAUUAUUAUCAAAAAUUGAUGGCGUUGAACAAUUAAAUAAUAUUUUAGUUAUUGGUAUGACUAAUAGGAAAGAUAUGAUUGAUGAUGCUUUACUUCGACCUGGUAGAUUAGAAGUUCAAGUUGAAAUUAGUCUUCCUAAUGAAGAGGGUCGUGUACAAAUUUUAGAUAUACACACAGCAAAAAUGAGGAGAUAUAAAAAAAUUCAUUCAGACGUCGAUUGUAAGGAAAUAGCAACGUUAACAAAAAAUUUCUCUGGGGCUGAAUUGGAAGGUUUAGUUCGUGCCGCUCAAUCAACGGCGAUGAAUCGAUUGAUAAAAGCGUCGAAUAAAGUUGAGGUUGAUCCAGAAGCAUUAGAAAAAUUAAUGGUAAACAGAGGCGACUUCUUACAUGCCUUAGAAAAUGAUAUUAAACCGGCUUUUGGUACUGCUCAAGAAAUUCUUUCAAGGUUCUUAGCGCGUGGUAUCAUCAACUGGGGGAUACCUGUUAAGAACAUUUUAGAAGAUGGAAUGUUAUAUAUUCAACAAGCUAAAGCCGAAGACACCGCUGGUUUGGUGUCUGUAUUAAUUGAAGGUCCACCAAAUUCUGGGAAAACCGCUUUGGCUGCUCAAUUAGCGAAAAAUUCCGAUUUUCCAUUCGUUAAGGUUUGUUCUCCAGAAGAAAUGGUUGGAUAUACGGAAACUGCAAAAUGUCUCCAUAUUAGAAAGGUGUUUGAUGAUGCGUAUCGUUCAACUUUGAGUUGUAUUGUUGUUGAUAAUAUUGAACGAUUAUUAGAUUACGGUCCAAUUGGUCCUAGAUAUUCUAAUUUAACAUUACAAGCUUUGUUGGUGUUAUUGAAGAAAGAACCACCACCAGGAAAAAAGUUGUUAGUUCUUUGUACUAGCAGUCGAAGAGAAAUUUUACAAGACAUGGAAAUGUUAUCUGCAUUUACUGGAAUCCUUCAUGUUCCAAAUUUAUCAAAACCAGAUCAAUUAUUAUCAGUAUUAGAUAAUAUAGAAAUGUUUUCCCCUGAAGAAUUAAAACAAGUCGCAAAGAAUAUAAAGGAUAAAAAGUAAGAUACUCUUAUAAGUACUUUUAGGGCCGAUUUUA